CUCUAGUCUCUACUUUUUCAUCAGUCAUCACCGCAACACAAACACGGCCUUCACAAGACGCAAAAGGGCACACACCUCUUUCUAGCUUCUAUACACACACCUCGAGCUCACAUACACUCCCAUCUCCCCCUCUAUCUGGAGAGAGAGAGAGAAAGAGACAUGGGGUCAUCUCUCUCCCCGUCAUCCGUCGCCGCGCUCACCACCGCAGCCCAUGGGCACCGCUACCACCUGUCCUCCUCCUCCUCCUCCGACUACUACGAAGACGACGGCUUCGAGUUCACGCCACUCCUACCCAGGCCGCGGCGCCGGCACAGCGCGCGCACGGAGCGUCCAAGAACCGUCGCCCAGGCUGCGGCCACGACGGCGGCCCAGCCGCAGCCUCCCCAGCUGCGCGCGCGCCGCGGAGCGCCAAGCGUCGUGGCCGCGACGCCGGCGGCGCCACCAACACCAAGGAAGCAGCAGGUGCGGUGGCACGACAUGGCGUUCGGGUCCGCGCGCGUGCCGGCGGCCAUGGACAUGGGCGAGAUCAGGAGGCGCCUGAGGGCGCGGCAGCUGGCUCUGGCCGGUGGCCCCGCCGGGAACGAGCGGCCGCCAUCCUCCGCCGCGGGGUGGGCGCCGUGGAGGCUCAUACGGUCGCUCAGCUGCAAGGGCCUCGAGCCCGUGGCGGCUGCCGCGGCGCCGGUGAGGCUGGUGUAGUGUAGGCACGUACGUACAGUCAGUACGGUCUGAGCCUACGAUCGACAGAGCGAUCGAGGUGGACGUAACGUACGACGUACGUACGGCAGGUGUUGGUGUUGGACUGUUGGUUAUGGAUCGAGGCUGUGCUGGUGCGGCCCGUGAAGGCCGAGAGUGCGGCGCCGGCCGGUGAACCGGCGCGUGCACGGCGGCGUGCGUGGCGUCACGCGAGUGGCGCCAAAUGUUGUUGGUGGAAGUUGAAAGGCACGAGCAAAGGCGGUGCCUAUUGUUAGUGUUCAGCUUCGUUUUUCGUCGUGUUUCUGGUUUCAAUAAACCUUUUCCCUCUUUCUUUC